ACUGCACUCAUUCCCUGAAUGGCAGUAAUGAGUGCAGUGGGGGGGGGGGGGGGGGGGGGGGGGGGGUGGCAGGGGAAAUGAAAGAAAAGAGAUCUGGGAAAGUAAAUCUGCCCGGGGAAAGAGAGUUACCGGAGUUUUAGCAAAACAGCUAGCAGAUGCAGACGGGGAGGCAGAGGGAGGAGAGAAGGCUGGGCUUCAGCAACCUGCCACGGAAAUUUAAACAAAGGAGGUUUGGGAGAGGCGGAUCCGGCUGUAAUAUCGGCACGCGGACACAGAGACCGCUGCUGGACUCUCGGGAUGAAACGGAGUCGAUUCCCAGCGUCUCCAUCGGGGCAGGAACGUCUGGAGUAUGUUCCAAAAUAAGAACUCAGAGAAACGAGUGAGUUUGGGAAAAAGACUUACAGAUUUUGACUGUCUGACAUUUCACCCUUCUUUGAGGCAUGCCUUUAUCAAUGCGUUACCUCUUUGCAAUUUCCGUCUCUAGUGUAAUUAUUUUCAUCGUCUUCUCUGUGUUCAAUUUUGGGGGCGAUCAAAGCUUCCAGAGGCUAAAUAUCUCAGACACUUUGAUGCUGACUCGAGUUUGCACAUCUUUUAUCAAUGGGAAAACACCUUUCCUGUGGAAAAACAAACUAAUGAUCCACGAGAAGUCUUCUUGCAAGGAAUACUUGACCCAGAGCCACUACAUCACAACCCCUUUAUCUAAGGAAGAAGCCGAAUUUCCCUUGGCGUACAUAAUGGUCAUCCAUCAUCACUUCGACACCUUUGCAAGGCUCUUCAGGGCCAUUUACAUGCCCCAAAAUAUCUACUGUGUCCAUGUGGAUGAAAAAGCAACAACUGAAUUUAAAGAAGCAGUAGAGCAACUAUUGAGCUGCUUCCCAAAUGCUUUUCUGGCUUCAAAGAUGGAACCAGUUGUCUAUGGUGGGAUCUCCAGGCUCCAGGCUGACCUGAACUGCAUCAAAGAUCUUUCUGCCUUGGAAGUCUCCUGGAAGUACGUUAUCAACACCUGUGGGCAAGACUUCCCCCUGAAAACCAACAAGGAAAUAGUUCAGUAUCUGAAAGGAUUUAAAGGGAAAAAUAUCACCCCAGGAGUGCUGCCCCCAGCUCAUGCAAUUGGACGGACUAAAUAUGUCCACCAAGAGCACCUGGGCAAAGAGCUUUCCUAUGUGAUAAGAACCACAGCAUUGAAACCACCUCCCCCGCAUAACCUCACGAUUUACUUUGGCUCUGCCUAUGUGGCUCUAUCCAGAGAGUUUGCCUACUUUGUUCUGCAUGACCCACGGGCUGUUGAUUUGCUCCAGUGGUCCAAGGACACUUUCAGUCCUGAUGAGCAUUUCUGGGUGACACUUAAUAGGAUUCCAGGUGUUCCUGGCUCUAUGCCAAAUGCAUCCUGGACUGGAAACCUCAGAGCUAUAAAGUGGAAUGACAUGGAAGACAAACAUGGAGGCUGCCACGGCCACUAUGUACAUGGUAUUUGUAUCUAUGGAAACGGAGACUUAAAGUGGCUGGUUAAUUCACCAAGCCUGUUUGCUAACAAGUUUGAGCUUAAUACCUACCCCCUUACUGUGGAAUGCCUAGAACUGAGGCAUCGCGAAAGAACCCUCAAUCAGAGUGAAACUGCCAUACAACCCAGCUGGUAUUUUUGAGCUAUGAUAACUCCUGACUGAAGGGAAACUGCAGCUGGGAAGAGGAGCCCAUCUUUGGGAGAGACUUUUGUCUUCUAAUGUUAAUGGUUUCAGGAUGACAUUUACAGCUUCAGGACCUGGCUACAUAAUUAUACUUAAAUUAUCCACUGGACAGGCUGGGUGUGGUAGCUCAUGCCUGUAAUCCCAGCACUUUG